AAAAUCUUUUCUCGGUUGGGUUGGUAUUGAGGUAAGCAAAGGUCUGUGCCACUGUGGACACGUACAUCUGAUGUAGCUACGCAGCUGAAUUCUACCAAACCCGCGAAGGGUGGUUUAUUCUUAGAGUACAGGUAGUUCAAGACAAAAUUAAUUUGAGGACAUGACUGUAACCUUGAUUCUAAGAUCAGUAAGGGAAGUACAAGAAAAGGGGCGACAGACCCAUUUAAUGUAUAAGCACAGCGGCAAAACUGCAGCAGCUAACCAAAUCCAACGCUGCACCAAAAAUAUUGAAGAAACUGGUUUUUACUACGUUGAAAACCUAAUGAGAAUUUAAAGAAAAUACCUUGAGACUGGUUCCUAAGCAUGUCUAGUUUCUAAAACAUCUCCCUCAGCCUCUCGUGGUCCACAGAAAAAUGUCACGGCCCAGCGCAUGCGCACUUAGUACACGCGUCUUCCACGCAGAUGCCGACGUCGGUGGCGCAGACCGUGGUGCAGAAGGAGAGCGGCCUGCAGCACACCCGGAAGAUGCUGCACAUCGGGGACCCCAGUGUGAAGAAGACGGCCGUCUCCCUGCUGAGGAACUUGUCCCGGAAUCUCUCUCUGCAGAACGAAAUUGCCAAAGAAACCCUGCCGGAUUUGGUUUCCAUCAUUCCUGACACAGUCCCGACAACGGACCUUCUCGUGGAGACGACAGCCUCGGCCUGUUACACGCUCAACAACGUCACCCAGAACAGCUACCAGCACGCCCGGGACCUCCUGAGCACGGGGGGCCUCCGCAAGGUCAUGGCCAUCAGCGCCGGGGACGC